AUGCCCAACGUCGAGGACGAGCAGCACAUCGUGCUGCCGGGCGCGCCGCCGGCCCACCUCCUGAAGCGCACGAUGAUCAAGGACUGCAUCGGGCGGUGCCGCGCGACGUCCUACGAUUUGCCCAAGGACGUCAUGCACGUCUACGGCUACAUCCAGGAGAAGGACAAGGCCGACGCCCGCGAAUGCAUUGGGGGCUGGGACCAGUUCACGCCGUCGGCCUGCUCGUCGGCCCAGCGGAGCUUCGUGAAGACGAACCUCGAGGCCUUGAAGGCGGGGAACAUCACGGCCAAAAGCCAGAGGGAGUACCAGAUCGCGAACCCGAACAUUUUCAGUGCGCAAGCCAAGCCCGGCCACAAGCCGGAUCGGCACAACAAGCCGCCCUUCGACGGGCCCUACGGCUUCGUGCCGAAGACGGGCACCGAGCCUUUGACACAUACCAUCGAGGGCCGCUACAUGGGCCAGGGCGACGACGACGCCGACUACCCGGACAUCAUCUCCAUCAAGAAGGCGAACAAGCUGCCCGGGCCCAAGCCGACCAAAGCGAGCCAGGGCCACGCCGUCAAGGCCAAGGAGGAGUCCCCUCCGAAAAAACACUUCUGCAUGAAGCGCUUCAAGAACAUCAAGUCCCGGCUCAACCUCGACCAAUGAGGCUAGUGUCUUAAUCUUUU